ACUACCAAAAAAACCGAUAACGUGUAAUAUUUGUCACACAAAACAUAUUUUUUUACUAUUAUUUGCAAUCUAUAUUUUGUUGAAAUUGUGUUAUCGUUCCACCAAAAUCUACAUUACAUAAACAAAAGCAACCUCCCACCUCAUACCACCCACUACACCGCCGUUCGCUUAUCAGCUGUGUUGCCCCCUUGGUGGCCCAGAUUACGCGAGUUUUAUUUUGCCAACACUAACUGGUUUUGAGGGGAGCUGCCGUUCCAGCGUGCGCUGAGAUCCCGCGAUCCCCCGGCUCCACGAAUUGGGAACUCGAUCCUGCCCUGAUUACUUUCACUUUCCUGUGUUCCACGAUCGGCGGCAACUAGGAGAGCCCCCAAAAAAGCAGCAUUCGUGGCCCCACGAGAACGAACAGUAAGAGCGAUUGUUCACGGAAGCCCCUCGGAACGGCUUACGUGGAGAUCCAGUCGCCGAUCGUAGCAUCGUGCACCACCCCGUCCAAGUCAUUCCGGUCGGCCACAACGAGCAGGGGAUCGAGCUCACCUUCCCCGGGUCACCUUCGAUAAAUCGGUCCAAAGUUCAAGAAUCAAAUGAACAUGACGCGCUUAUUUCAAUCCCGCACCACGGCCACACCACUCGGGAGAGUGCUGACGUCUUCCGGCCUGAGUAAAAUGUUAACAGCGGCAUCGUACAGCACGGGUAAUACGGCUGCUGGUGGAUCUACGGUAGCGACGCUGCAGCGUCAACCCGUGCCCAAGCUACCGGACACGAUGCUAAAGUUGCUGAAAUCCAUUGAACCUCACGUCGAUGCACAGGUAUUGGCCGCGUCAAAGAGGGCAACGGAACAGUUUUCCGCUUCCGGUGCUGUCGGACAGAAACUGCAGGAACUGCUGAACCAGCGUGCGGCCAAGAUGGAAAGCUGGUUAGCCGAAUGGUGGCUACGGAGCGCUUACAUGGAGUACCGCGAUCCCGUGAUCGUGUACUCCAGCCCAGGACUGGUGUUUCCACGGGCUGACUAUCGGACAUUCGAUGGACAGUUGGCGUACGCAGCCCGGAUGGCAUCGGCAGCCCUUGCCUACAAGGCACAGAUCGAUGGUGGUAAGAUCCGACAGGAGAUGAUGGGCAAAGUGCCGCUCGAUAUGUCGCAGUAUGAGAAAAUCUUCGGAACAUGUCGCAUUCCUGGCCGGGAUCGUGAUUCGGUUCAGUAUAAUCCACGCUCGCGACAUAUCGUCGUAGCUUGCGGCAAUCGUUACUAUCGGCUAGACGUUAUCAACGCCUCGGGGGUAAUCGUGAGCGAAGGACAAAUACUGGCGCAGCUUCAGCGAAUUGCCAAGGAGUCGGCCAGCUCAUCCAGCCCUCCGGUCGGUAUCUUAACUGCCAACCAUCGCGACAGUUGGGCCGAAGCAUACGAGAAGUUGGUGGCUGAUCCCACCAAUCGCAAUUCAGUUACCGCGAUCCAGCAAGCCCUGUUCGUGCUUUCGAUCGAUCGUGAAAUCCCACAGGCACCCGGAAGUGAUCACAUCAUUGCCGCUAGUGAUCUGUUGAUUCAUGGUGGUGGCUCAACCGUGAACGGAGGCAAUCGUUGGUACGACAAGACGAUCCAGCUGGUUGUAGCUCCGAACGGUAUCAACGGACUAACGUACGAACACUCGCCCGCUGAGGGACAACCGAUCGCCGUCAUGACGGACUUUUUGCUGGAACAUCUGAAGCGUGGUACGUCGACAGCCGAUCAACAAACCGUUCCGGGGGCUGGUGAGGCAGUGGAGCUUCCCUUCAACAUAAGUGCCCCAUCAGUGAAGGCAGCGAUCGAGCAGGCGGCCAAUUUCGUCGAUAAGCUGGCGGCCGAUAUUCAGAUGCACUAUCUACACUUUACCGAUUACGGCAAAGGAUUCAUCAAGUCGCAACGCAUGAGCCCCGAUAGUUACAUUCAGAUGGCGAUCCAGUACGCUUUCUAUCGCUUGCACAAGGUCCCGGGUGCUCAUUACGAGUCAGCCCAGAACCGCAUGUAUCUGCAUGGGCGUACCGAAACGAUCCGUUCCUGUUCCGUCGAAUCGAUCGCGUUCGCACGAACAAUGCUGGAUCCUAAGAAGGAUGGCCGGGCGAAGGUGGAAUCGAUGAAGGCAGCAAUCGAAGCUCACAAGGCGUACGUAUCGAUGGCCAUCCAGGGAUAUGGUGUCGAUCGUCAUCUACUCGGAUUGAAGCUGACGGCAAAGGAACACGGGAUAGCGGUACCAGAGCUAUACUCCGAUCCCGGACUGCAAGCAAGUGCCAAUAUGCGUUUGUCGACCAGCCAAGUGGCCUCACGCUACGAUGCGUUCAUGUGCUAUGGGCCUCUAACGGCCGAUGGCUACGGAUGCUGCUACAAUCCGAAGGAGGAGGAUAUGUGGUUCGGGCUGUCGGCGUUCCGAUCGAACCCCAACUCGGACGUGGAACGGUUCCGUGUUAGUCUACAGGAAGCUCUGCGAGAGAUGUACGAAGUGCUGGUGCUGCAUGGCGAGAAACCGAAGGGCAAACUAUAGAAAGGGAACUCUGCAGGCGGAGGUCCUGGAUUUCGUCGACUUUUUAACGAAUUUAUUGUUGUUGAUUUUGUAUUUUUUUUCGAAAAAAAAAACGAAACUGUGAAACUGAUAAUGACUGAUUUUGUAAAUGUAUCCAAACGGGGUCAAUAAUAAAGUGAAACAU